AUGAGUAGCAAAACAAGACAAGAACGAGAAAGCCCGGAACAUGAGGCAAUCGAAUCAUUCACCCUGCUCACCAAAUGUGAUCCUAAGGUGUCCAGAAAAUACUUACAACGCAACCAUUGGAAUGUCAAUUAUGCACUGAAUGAAUACUAUGAUAAGGAAAUAGGGACAUUUGCAGAAGAGGUUCCGAUCCCCGCCCAUCCAGUGAUAUACCCAAGAGAAUUGGUGCAGGUGUUUGAUCAGUACGCCAAUGCUGCCUUGUUUGAUAUGGACUCCUUAGUCAAAUUCAUUGAAGACUUGGGCUACAAUCUGGAAGAUUUAGCGACUUUAUGCUUAGUCCAUUUACUAGGGUACAAGAAAUUAGAAGAGCCCUUGAAACGAGAGCUUUUUCUGUCGGCGUGGUUCAUGCAAGGAUGCUCUACACUUCCAAACAUGCAAAGGUGCGUCAAGGGACUUGAUGCUAAGCUACACGAAGACUUGCAAUACUUCACAGAGAUCUACGACUAUACCUUCCAUUUAAUCUUGGAUACAAAUCGCAAGGACGUAGACACGGACGAAGCAAUUCAAUAUUGGACACUGCUUUUCCAGCCAGAAUAUCCAAUACAUAUGGAAUCAGGCCUUCUAGAGGCAUGGUUCCGUUUCCUGCACGAUGAAGGGAAGAGAACAGUAACGAAAGACGCAUGGCAUAUGCUGCUCCAAUUUUUCAAACAAUACCCCACAAUACAGUCAAUCAUUGAUGACUACGAUGAAGCUGCAGCCUGGCCUUUCAUUAUCGAUGAGUUCUACGAAUUCCUGCGGGACUAG